AUGUCCACCCCCGUCGAGGAGCACCCUGCUCCUAGAUAUAUAGACGAAAAGAGAAAAGAGAGGUUGGAUGAUGUUGACGUCUCCGCGUCCGAUGAUGGCACCUAUGUCCAUGAUGGCUCUGCCGUCAGUAACCACAAUCACCUCAGGGUUGACACCUCCUAUGAUGACACCCAGAGAUUACCCUUGCGCUCACCUUCGGCCGCGCGAGAACGAUCCCUGCGUCUAGAGGAUGACCUGGCUUUGCUCGAGGCGGAGCGUGUCGCGUCUCGUUCGACCCAUGAGGAGAUGGAAAAGGGAAGCAAGGCGGAGUCUAUCUCGCGAAUCCGUUCGCAUCGCUCGCGCAAUGUCGACGAAUUCGACGAAGCCACAAAUCCACUACACGAGAAGGCCGCCGUCUACAACCCGCCUGAAAAUCCAAAUACGAAGAUCUCCAAGUUCAUUAAGAAGGUUCAUGAGUCGAGCUUCAUCGUUCGCUAUAUCACUUAUAUCGUCCCGCUUGUUGUGAUCCUUCUCAUUCCCUUACUUGUUGGGGCUUUGGCCUUCCCUGAUGCCAAUGUUGGAGGUGUCUCUCUGCUUUGGUUCUCCGUCUGGCUAGAGAUUGUCUGGUUGACACUUUGGGCCGGUAGAAUUGUGGCUAAAUUCAUUCCCAUCCCUGUGGGAUUGCUUGCGAGUAUCUUCACCAACAAUGCGAAAAAAUGGCGUGACUUGGCUAAGCAGUUGGAGCUUCAUGCGACACUCUUCUUCUGGUGGUUGGGCGUGGAAAUUUCGUUCUUGCCCACCAUGAAGAAUCACCACGUUGAUGGAAAUUCCGCCACCCGCAGCUGGGAAAACUCUGUCAACAAGAUCAUCAUCUCCAUUUUCGUCUGGACCAUCUUGAACCUUAUCGAAAAGAUUAUCAUUCAGCUCAUCGCCAUCAGCUUCCACUUGCGUACCUAUGCUGAUCGGAUUGAAAUCAACAAGUUCCAGAUUGGCAGUCUCACCAAGCUGUAUGACUUUUCAAAAGCAAAGAUCGAGGCUGAUGAUGACGAAUUCGAGGAGAAGAAUGAUCAGAGUGGCAGCGGCACCAAGACACCGAUGCGCGUUCCCAUGCAAUAUGCCGGAAAGGCGCAGCGUAUUGCCAAGGGCGCCCUGAACAGAGUCACGGAUGUGGCGGGUGCAGUCGCCGCUGAUUUCACAGGCCGCAAGGCUACGAGCAGCAGCCACCCCUACCAGGUUGUUUUGACCCUGCUGCGCACGACUACCGGCUGUCAGGUUCUGGCAAGACGGCUCUACCGCACCUUUGUGCGAGAUGGUUUUGAAACCGUGUUUUCCGGGGAUUUGAAGGAGGCAUUCGACAACAACGAGGAAGCCGAGGCCGCAUUCACCAUGUUCGACAAGGAUAUGAAUGGCGAUAUCUCCAUGGAAGAGCUGGAGGCAGUCUGUGUGGAGAUCGGACGGGAGCGUAAAUCGAUUACCGCAUCUUUGAAAGAUCUCGAUUCGGUCGUAUCAAGACUUGACAAUGUGCUGGAGUUCUUCGUCAUUGUCAUCGCACUCAUUGUCUUCUUGUCGCUGAUUUCCACAUCGGCCGCUGGUGUUCUUACCUCUGCAGGCUCCAGUAUUCUUGCAUUGUCCUGGUUGUUCUCCGCCACUGCUCAGGAGUUUCUCCAAUCAGUCAUUUUCGUUUUCGUCAAACACCCCUUCGACGUGGGAGACCGUGUCACUAUCUACGGUAACGCCGGAGAUGCUGGCCUUGGUGACGACUACUUUGUCAAGCAGAUUUCCCUCCUGUAUACCGAGUUCAAGAAGAUGCAGGGCCACGUCGUCCAGGCGCCCAACAGUUAUCUCAAUACUCUCUUCAUCCUGAACCAACGUCGCUCGGGCGCACUCGCCGAAGCCAUCCCCAUCGUGAUCAAAUACGGGACGACGCUCGAACAGAUCGACGCGCUGCGCCAACGCCUGCUGGAGUUUGUCCGCAGCGAAAAGCGCGAGUUCCAGACCAACAUCCUCACCGAAAUGCGCCAAGUCACCGAAAACUUCUCGGUGACUCUCAACGUCGUCUUUUUCUACAAGUCCAACUGGCAGAAUGAAGGCCUGCGUCUGCAACGCCGCAACAAGUUUAUCUGCAUGCUCAUGAUCGCUCUGCAGGAGAUCGGCAUCGAGGGCCCACGCAUGAACCUCCAGGGUGCGAGCGUCGACUUCCCCGUUCACGUUCGCUACAACGGCCACAACCAGCAAUUCGCUCCCCCACCCGGCACCAGCGAUGGCCGGCCCCCAGCUACGCCUCUCAGCGAAAAGGAGUACCACGACCAGCCAGGCACCGGCACUGCCAAUCGCCACCCCUCGAUCCUCCGCAAAGGGAUGAACACCGCUGCUGCGCGCGCCCGUGGCGAAUCCAUCUCCCGCAAACACGUCGACUUCUCACUCGGCAUGCGCGACGUCUCCUCCAUGGAUGUCAUGGGCGAUGUCUUUGAAGGCCGCGGCCGCCACAUUGACGAAGUUGUCCGCCUCGCGAACCGCGAGAAUGACGAACGGCGCAUCCAGGAAGUAGAGGAGGAGGAAGAGGAAGAACGCAGGAGCCGCGCCUCAUUGUCCAAGACCCGCACCUCCAACUCCAGCGUCCACGCGGCCACCGGCUCCGAUGGCCGCCGCUCCACCGACUCCCACGGCGGCCACAGCAUCUCCUCCAGCCGCAACCGCUUCUUCCGCCAUCGCACACACCCCGUCCACGAGCAGGAGGACAUGAUGGAACAGGGGCGGUCUGACAUCGGCCCGGCGCUAUCGCAGAUCCGCACCGUUUCACCUUCUGCUCGCUCGACAGACGACCGGGGUACCACUAUCAACCGCCAGCCGACGGGACAUUGA